AUGGACAUCUGCAAUGAAACCACAGUGACUCAGUUUAUCCUCAUAGGGCUCUCUGACCUCCCUGCGGUGCGCUACCCUCUCUUCGUGGUCUUUGCCAUCAUCUAUCAAGUCACCUUGGUGGGAAACGGGGCCAUUCUCUUGGCCAUUGGGACUGAGAAAAAACUGCACACACCCAUGUAUUACUUCUUGGCAAAUCUGGCCCUCUUAGACAUAUUCUGCCCUUCAACCACUGUCCCUAAAAUGCUGGAGAACCUCUUGACUGAGAACCACAGUAUUUCCUUUGUUGGGUGUGCUCUACAGCUUUAUUUUCUGGUGGCCCUGGUGGGGACUGAGGUCUUCCUUCUUUCUGUCAUGGCUUAUGACCGUUAUGUGGCCAUCUGUUUCCCUCUUCGUUACACCCUAAUUAUUACCAAGGUCCGCUGUGUUCAGCUCACUGUUGGGACCUGGACAGCAGGGUUUCUCAAUUCCCUCCUUCAUACUGUGUCCACGUUCCGCCUUUCUUUCUGUAAGUACAAUCUAGUUAACCAGUACUAUUGUGACAUCCCACCAGUGGUGGCCCUCUCCUGCUCAUCCACCUAUGUGGCAGAAAUGCUUAUUUUGGUGGAAGCAGGUAUCUUGGGAAUCAGUGCCUUCCUGGUCACCUUUAUCUCUUAUUUCUACAUCAUAUCUACCGUCCUGAAGAUCCAGUCAGUGGAAGGGAAGCGAAAAGCCUUUUCCACAUGUGCUUCCCACCUUCUAGUGGUCUGUUUGUUUGGUGGCACAACGGUAUUUACUUAUGUACGCCCGUAUUCCAGUCAACACUCCCCAGGAAUAGACAGACUUAUCUCCAUGUUAUAUGGAAUUGUUACCCCAAUGUUAAACCCCAUGAUCUACAGCCUGAGAAACACAGAGGUGAAAGGAGCAGUCAGAAGGGUCUUAUGUCAUAGAGGAUUUUUACACUAA